CUCCCCAUCUGCGCGCCUCCGUCUCACUCUCAUCUCCUCCAUCCCGCGGCAGACCCGUCUCUCUCCCGCUGCAGGAGGGGGGCAUGUGCAUGUGCUGACAGCUCGGGCCAGACCGGGAGCGCGUCUCCAUCACCUCCGCCGCCGCCAUCUCGCCCCGCUGCCCGCUUUCGGAGCUGUUUUUUUGCUUGUAUUUGCAUCUUUGUGGGGUUGCGUUUGGAGUCGCAGCAUCGCUCUCAAACUGAUUGUGGAUUAUUGCUCGUCCUGACCGACUGAAAGGCUGCCAUGGAGGAGUCCGGUUCCCAGAAGUUGGCGUGGGACGGGGACGCGAAGGCGGUGCAGCAGUGUCUCACGGACAUCUUCACCAGCGUGUACACGACGUGCGACAUCCCGGAGAACGCCAUCUUCGGGCCGUGCGUGCUGAGCCACACGUCGCUGUACGACAGCAUCGCCUUCGUCGCGCUCAAGGCCACGGACAAGCGCACGGCACCCUACAUCUUCAGGGUGGACACCUCGGCGGCCAACAGCACCUCGGAGGGCCUGAUGUGGCUGCGGCUGGUCCAGUCGGCCCGGGACCGAGAGGAGCAGAACCUGGAGGCCUAUGUGAAGAAUGGCCAACUCUUCUACCGCUCGCUACGCCGCAUCGAGAAGGACGAGGAGCUGCUGGUGUGGUAUGGCAAGGACCUGAUCGACCUGCUGCUGCUCAACUCCAGCAGAGCGCCGCCCAAGGGCAAAGGGUCGUCCCACUACGUCUGCCCCGACUGCAGCCAGCGGUUCCAGUUCGAGUUCCCCUUCCUGGCGCACCUCCGUUUCCGUUGCACCAAGAGACUGCAGAGCAUCGCCGGCGGCGACGAGGAGCCGGGCAAAGACGGGGGCAGCGAGCGGCCGAGCACCCCCCCACCCAGGUCCAGCCCCAAGCACGGCCGCUCCGACGGAUUCGGCAGCACGCAGGACAGCAACAAGCCCGCCACGGACUUUCACAACCUGGCCAGGGACCUGGAGAACAACCGGACCAGCCCGCCGAGCGACAAGGAGGCUGAGGUCUGCAGCGAGAGCUCCAGGAAGAGGAAGUUCUCGGAGGAGAGGGAGUGCCGAGGACCCGGCCUCGUACCGUCCAAGUCCAAGGACGAGCUCGCCACGUCUGCUCAGAACUACAGGGGGGCCUACGGCCUGGAGGAGAACCAGCGGUCCUUCUCGCCGCCGGGCCCGACAGAACCUCCACAGGCCAAGCGCAGCGCCUUCACGGAGGUCAAGAAGUCGCCUCAGAACCUCAAACACCACGGUGGUGGCAAGAACCUGCAGAACGCUGAAAAUAAGGACGGCGGCCGCCCCGGCGGCAACCCCCCGGACAAGCCCCUCAGCAUCCGGCAGGUGCUGUCGGAGACGCAGCCGCCCCAGCCCUCGCCCAUGGGCAGCGCCUUCACCUCUGUCGGCCAGCCAGGGGGCGGCGAGAGGAAGAGUGCCUUCAGCCAGCCGUCUCGGUCCUUCUCGCAGAUCUCGCCGCUGGUGAUGCCGCCGAAGCUGCUGGACUGCCACCCGGCGGUGGGCGACACCAUCUCCUCCAGCAGACUCUACCAGGCCGACCACCUUGCCGCCAAGCUGCAGGGGGCGGAGCUGGGUGCCAACUGCCCCGUGCCGGGCGGCAUGGGGAAGCAGAACCCCUUCGUGUACGCCACCACAUUCUGGCCAAAGAACACGGGCGCCAUCCAGCUGCAGAUGCCGUCGGCGCUGACACUGCUGCCGCCCUCCUUCACCUCGCUCUGCCUGCCGGCGCAGAACUGGUGCGCCAAGUGCAACGCCUCCUUCCGCAUGACCUCGGACCUGGUUUACCACAUGCGCUCGCACCACAAAAAGGAGUUCGCCAUGGAGCCGCUGGUCAAGCGACGGCGCGAGGAGAAGCUCAAGUGCCCCAUAUGCAACGAGUCCUUCCGGGAGCGGCACCACCUGUCACGUCACAUGACCUCCCACAACUGACUCUUAUGGACUGGCGCAGCAGCGACGCACCGGGAAUCCGCCCGGACCUGAAAUCUCCAGCCGGACGCACGCCACCUAAAAACACAAAAACACCCCUUGCACCUUUUUUCACUUUGGACAUAUUCUUGAAAGUCCUGUCUGUUUGCUUUCUCUCCUCUGUAAAAACAUCCAAACAAAGUCACGUUUCGAGUGUGUCUAAAUGCAUUUUGACUUAAAAAAAAAAUGAAUCUAUUUAUUAAGCACUUAAACAUUUUGCGAAUAAGGGAUGAUUUAAAUAUGUGUAAAUGUACAGUAAGUUGUAUUUUAUAUCAUACAAAUGCAAAUAUUGAGACGAGUUACCAAUGUUGUCACACAUGAUGGUUUACAACCAGCGAGUUCUGUUUUUUUUUUUGUUUGUUUGUUGUUUUUUUUUCACGUCUUCAGUGAAUAUGGACACAAAUUGGGGAUAUAAUGUCAGACUAUAUUUGAGAGUGCAUGUGAUAUUAAAUGAAAUUAAUUUAAGAUGCAGUCUAUACAUGACAAUGUAAACAAUUUGUUUUACUUGAAAUUCAAAGUGUAAUAUUUUGUGUCAGUGGGGAAUAGUUUCGGUGUUUCUUCCUUUUUGCGGAAAUUUACUACUCGAUAGUUUAUCUAAUCAUGUUGAAUGCAUUGACAAUAAAAUAGCUUUAUUUUCAACUGUGGCCUUCCUGGAUUAUUUAAAAAAAAAAGAAACUAAAACUAAAAUAUGAAACUCUUCUAUUUGUGCUUUUUGAAUUUAUCAGCUAAGA